GCUAGAUCGAUUGCUGAUUCAACAACUGGAUACAUUUUCAAUGUAAAAAUAGAUUAUGGUAAUCCAAACUUGGAACAACUUCCACCCGGCGUCACAAAAACUUCGAAUUUAGUUUUGCAACUAAUGGAAAGUCAUCUGGAUAGAGGAUAUCACGUAUUUGUUGAUAGACUCUACAACUCUGUCGCAUUAGCCGAGGAAUUGCAGCGAAGGAAAACAUCGAUAACGGGAACAGUCGUGGCAAACCGGAAGGGACUUCCAGCAGAAAUAAAAACAAAACUAAAGAAAGGGGAAAUCAUCUCACUACGAAAAGGACAAUUACUCGCACUACUAUGGCAAGAUAAGAGGCCGAUUUCAAUACUUUCGACGUAUUGUAAUGGUGACGAGGUCAUAGAGAAACAGUUGCGAGGUUCAUCAGAAACCAUAAAAAAACCUACGUGUAUUGAACUUUAUAACAAAUUCAUGGGAGGCGUAGAUUUGGCAGAUCAGUAUACCAGCUAUUACAACUUCUCUAGGAAAUCGGUGAAAUGGUGGAAAAAAAUAUUUUUCUGGCUGAUUGAAACAAGCGUCACGAACAGUUAUAUUAUUUACAAAUUAACUCGCCCUGAAGGUAGAACUGUUACACUUCUCAAGUACAGACAAAUGGUGAUCGAUGAUCUUUUAGCUGGUGUUCGUACCAGUCCAAAAAAAGAGCCCAAAACUCCAAGUCCUCCCCCAAAAAAAAUUAAACUGGCGAACGAAAGACUCAACGGCCUAUUACAUAUUCAGUCAAAGAAGCGAAACAGCGCCGAUGUAAAGUAUGCAGCACAAAAACACAAAGAAGAGAAACAACAUAUAUUUGCAUCACAUGCUUCGACGCGCCCGCUUUACAUCCAGGAAACUGUUUCGCUCGCUACCAUACUCUUCUGGAAUAUCGAUGUAAUUGACACUGCAAUGGGCAAUAGGGCGUUCCAGAAUUUUCUGGAGCGCGAAGGACCCCAUAAAACAAGUCCUAACGAAAAACUGAGCAAAAUUGCUACCAAUGUGAAGACAAAAAUAUACAACGCUACUAUUGUCACUCUACACGCGAUCCAUGAACUUAUAAAAAUUUAG